AUGCUGUCUGCACGCAAGGCACAGAAGGCCUGCCCUGGCUGCCAGGCGCAGCUUCUCAGUCUUUUCGAGAACAGCUUCAGUAGUACCACGAGCCGCGCACGACGAUCCAUGCCCAGCAGCAUUCGGAAUAGACAGUCGCAAACCUUUGCGAAACGAACAUUUUCGACUACAAAGAGAAGGUUACAAGAAUCGCACCCCGAGACGACGCCCUCUCUCACCCAGACGCCCGAGGAGAUUGAGCUGGUUGUGCGACAAGCCAAGCACCAAUUUGGCAACACACUGCCCAAAGGGUACCUAAGCGAUGCCGAGCUCAAGCUAUAUACACGAUACUAUGGCGCUCCUUUACGAGAGACGAGACCGGAAGAUGUUGGAGUGCCUAUAAGUAAAUCAGUGCUGAAGGAGACACACAAAUACGUCUUGGUCAAUGAUAAGAACACUCUACUGCGCGAGAACGAACACGGAGAGCUCGAAGAGGUUACCUAUCAGGUGUCCGACUUGGCAGAACCUUUGGACGCUUCAGCGGAAGAAACAGUCAGUGUUGCCAACGCUGUUGAGGAUCUGGAUCUGCCCUCCGAGGCUGGUAUCGAUUACAUCAAGGCUGUCGCCAAGAACCAACGCGAGUUUGAUGCCCUCAUGACAUUACAACGAGAUUUUGAAAAGGCAAGUCUGCGGCCGAGGGAAGAGAUUGAAGAGGAUGAGGAAGAAAUUGAGGAGGAGGAGGAAGAACCUGCUGAAGAAGAAGAAGAAGAAGGCGAGGUGGACGCUGAAUUUCUCCCAGAGGUCAGAGAGCGGGAUCGCGUGCACAAGUUUAGCGAGGUGGGCCAAUGGAGGACGAAUCCUACGACUCUUCAUCUGCCAAAGGCCGAGUUUGUCGAUCCCAUCACCUUUCUACUUGGACGUACCGAUACCAAACAUGUGAGGGAAGCUGCUGAAGCCGCGUUUGGUGGCCCCGGUCUACCUCACUCGGUUGCUACGCCCCAAGGCGGCAAGGUGGCUGGUCAACUAGCCAUUCCAUUAGAAGCUGGACACGGUCGUAUGACUGAGAUUGAGGCAGACGCGUACAUUGCAACCAAUCUACCGGGAAUGUAUGCGUCGACUAUGGGAGUCCUGGUCGAGAUCCGGAAGCGCAUGGGCCCUCACUGGUUGCAAGGACUACUGAGUCGGAAUAAUGGCGAAGGCCCACGUGUACUCGAUAUCGGCACAGGCGGCGCUGCCUUAUCUGCUUGGGAGCAGGUUUUGCAAGCCGAAUGGGACUUGCUCCAUGGAUCUACCGCCAACAGCAAGAUAAUGGGGCCACCUGGAAAAAAGACAACCAUAGUUGCUUCUGAUCGUCUUCGCAACCGUGUGUCACGUUUCUUGCACAACACGCAGUUCUUGCCACGACUUCCAGAUUACUUGCACUCUGGUGAUCAUCCUGAAAAGAUGGAUGACUCGGAGCUGCCUGCGCCUCGCAAGGUUUACGACGUUAUCAUUGCAUCCCACCAGCUCAUGCCUUUGAAAGAGGAGCACAAACGCAAAACAUUCAUUGACAACCUGUGGGAGUUUCUUUCACCAGAAGGCGGAAUUCUGAUUAUUCUUGAAAAGGGCCAUCCGCGUGGCUUUGAGGCUGUAGCACAUGCGCGCCAGCGACUCUUGGACGAGUUCAUCGAGUGUCCCACAUCGGAUCCUCAACCAGAUACAUUGGAGCCGGAAGCGCGCCGCAUUCGUGAGCCUGGUAUGAUUGUUGCGCCAUGCACCAAUCACAAGAAAUGUCCCAUGUAUCAGACCCCUGGGCUUGCUCACGGCCGAAAAGACUUUUGCCACUUUAGCCAGCGCUUCAUUCGCCCGCCAUUCUUGCAAAAGAUACUCGAAGCAAGCCAUCGUAAUCACCAGGAUAUCGACUUUUCCUUUGUGGCUGUUCAGCGAGGCGUAACGCCCAACUCACCCAGGCGCCUGUCAGUCCGGCAAGGCAAGGAUGCCAUUCAGUCUGCUUUUCAAGGUUAUGAAAAGGCGACUGAAGCCCCCAACGCACUAUCGCUGCCCAGAACCAUCCUUCCUCCUCUGAAGCGGACUGGCCACGUUACAUUUGACAUGUGCACACCUGCCGGGACGUUGGAGAGAUGGACAGUACCAAAGAGCUUCAGUCGCCAGGCCUACCGUGAUGCACGCAAGGCGCAGUGGGGCGAUCUCUGGGCACUGGGUGCCAAAACACGCGUUGCUAGACCUGUCAGACUUGGUAAAGGCGGCGUCGCACCAGAUGAUGGUGGUAUCAGAGCAAAACGGGCGGCCAAAGCCGUCAAAGCCAAGACUACAGUCGUCAGUAUGGACCUUGAUUCGCCAUAUCAGAGCACCGGAGAUAGAGAAAGGAGCAGCCUGCUAGGCGGUCGCGGCAGAACUCCCGAAGUGAGGCGAACCAAGGGCGGCAAGAAGGUCCGUCAAAGGCGAAUUCGGGACGUGCUGGGAGAUGACGAUUAA